AUGUCCACUUCCCUCUUCACCAUUUGUCAUCAGGCGGACAUGACAUUCCAGAGGUUACAUGAAAUACGACAUGCUGUCAUGUCGGUAAGAAAUCGUACGGCACCCGGUCCCGACAGAAUAAGACCAGAACACCUGAAGAACCUUUCGCCAGUACUCAUCAACACCCUGGCGAUGCUCUUCACACGUUACCUGUUGGAAUGCAAGGUUCCUAAACAGUGGAAGACCAACAAGACCGUGUUGUUGUAUAAAAAGGGAGAUCCACAUGACAUCGGCAACUAUCGUCCAAUCUGCCUACUGUCCGUCAUCUACAAGCUCUUUACAAAAGUAAUCCUUAAUAGGAUUGAAAAAGUCUUGGAUGAAGGACAGCUAUGCGAGCAAGCAGGGCUUCGAAAAGGAUUCAGCACGAUUGACCACAUUCACACUGUUUCGAAACUCAUCGAGGUAUCACGAGAGUACAAGAUGCCGCUCUGUCUCACCUUCAUCGACUUGAAGGAGGCCUUCGACUCAGUUGAGAUGGAAACGGUCGUGGAAGCCUUGGACAACCGAGGCGUCCCUACUCGGUACAUAAGGGUACUUCGAGAGUUGUACAGUAACUUCACGACCGGAAUUUCGCCAUUCUACAAGAAUAUCAUCAUUGACGUGAAGAGGUGGGUCCAACAAGGUGAUACAAUCUCACCCAAAAUAUACUCUGCCUCCCUCGAGAACGCAAUGCGAAAGUCGGAAUGGGACGACAUGGGAGUGAAGAUUGAUGGUCAGCAGCCACACCAUUUGCGUUUUGCUGAUGACAUCGUGCUGAUAACACCUAGCAUCAUCCAAGCGGAACGAAUGCUGACCGAAUUCGACGAAACAUGUGCAUGCAUCGGUCUUCAGCUGCAUCUCCAAAAGACGAUGUUCAUGCGCAAUGGAUGGGUCUCGGAUGCCCCAUUCACGCUCAACGGAACGAACAUAUCCGAAUGCACCAGCUACGUUUAUCUGGGUCCGGAACUGAACAUGAUGAACGACCUGACCCCCGAGCUGGACAGAAGGAGACGAGCGGCUUGGGGAGCGUACAAGAGCAUCGAGGAUGUAGUGAAGAAGACCAGGAACACCCGGCUCCGUGCUCACCUCUUCAACACCACCGUACUUCUUGCUUUGACCUAUGCCUCGGAAACCUGGGCAUUUCGCAAGCAGGAAGAAAACGCGGUGAGCAUCAUUGAACGCGCAAUUGAGAGAGUGAUGCUAGGAAUAUCCUAUAGCGAAGCCAUCGCUAUUAUCACAGUCGUAGAAGAGGAAAUAAUGGUCGCAACUGCGGGGAGUACACCGGAAACGACGUCAACUCCAUUAUUUCGAACUAUUGCGAGAAUUCCUCGAAUCCGCCGAAACUCUCCCCGCCAUGGAGGCAAAUGCAAGGACCCGCAAAGUGAUCAAAGAGUUGGAUUUUCGGCUGUAGAAAAAGCUAUGAACAGCUGCACCUCCGCCGCAGAUGCAGCAGAUCUCACGGAGGAACACCAAGAAACGACCAUGUCCAAUACCUCAACCGCACAGGACACCAUCAUUCGGGCUCAGAAUCUUUUAAUAACACUAAGCUUACGCCUUGAAGACCACGAAGAGGGCAAACUUCGCGAAGUAGAAGCCGACAAUAAAGUACUACCGCAAAUUCCUCCACUUCAAAUCCCCAAAUUCAAAGUUGAAAUCGAGUGGACACUUAAUACUCGCCCGCUCACGUACCAGGAGGAGCACUGGGAAGAUCAACGCAUAAUACGCCCAAUCGACUUCAACCACCGUGAUAUGAUCAUUACAUACCCAAUGGAAGGAGUAGGAGAGAUGUCAGAUGAUCAUCACGAACCUAGGGAAAUACUCCAGCUUCAAACGCGACGUCAGACAGAAGAAGCCCUUCGCAGUUCUUACUCGCUUACAGAAAAGUUCUGGAAAGUUUGGAAGGAACACUAUCUCACAGCUCUGCGAGAACAGCACAUAUGA